AUGGUUGAAUACAAGAACGUAAAGCAUCGUGACGGUUCAGUAACACAGGAAGUUGACAGAAAGCACGCAUUCAUGUAUCUGUGCGACUUCUGCUACGAGGGUGUACACUUCACUUAUCGCACAUGGGAAGAUGCAAUCAAGUAUCUCGAUUCACUUUCCAGUCAACUGGACAAAAAUGAACGCUACAUCAUCUGGGUUCACAACCUCUCAUUCGAGUUCCAGUUCAUGAAAGGUUUCAUGAAACUCACAGAUGUAUUCUGUAGAAAAGCACACAACGUACUCAAGUGUGUAUACAAGAACAUUGAGUUCAGAGAUACGCUCGCUCUCUCCAACUGCAAGCUCGAACGUCUUGCAGAGAACGAAAAACUCCCAGUAAAGAAACUGGUAGGUAAUCUCGAUUACUCCCUUAUUCGUCAUCAGAACACUCCAAUCUCUAAAGAGGAAAUGCAGUACCAGUGGAAUGAUACAGAAAUCGUGUACUACUACAUCGAGAAGAAAGUAAAAGAGUACGGUAGAUUGGAAAAUAUCCCUAUGACUUCUACUGGAGAAGUAAGAGCGUUAUUCCGUAAGGAACUCGGUGCAGAGGGGUUACGUAAAAUGCACUCUCUGGUAACUCUCUAUUCAGCUCAUUCAAUGGAACUUCAAAAUCUCUUCAUUCAGACAUAUGCAGGAGCAUACACACAUUGCAACUAUCAGGCAAUAAACUCUAUACUUGAAGAUUUACUUUGUAAAGAUAUCGGUUCAUCUUACCCAUUCCAAAUGGUAAGUAAGAAGUAUCCAACAAUCUGGUACAAGUUAAAAGAAGAACUUUUACUUGAACAGAUUUUAGAAAAGUACAGUCAACUGGACUAUGCUAUCUGUUGUGAAGCAACUUUCCUUAAUAUCCGUAGCAAACACUGUCACAGCAUAAUCUCACAUCACAAGUGCAUAAAGAUUACUGAUGACUACAUAGAAGAUAACGGACGUGUAGUAUCUGCUUCAAUUCUUAAAAUGGCUGUAAAUGAAAUCGACUUACUCAAUAUCCUCGACUUUUACGACUUCUCUGAUGUAAUAAUCGAAAACGUCUACGUUUCAAAGAAAGAAUAUCUUCCUAAGGAACUCGUACAGAUUAUUCUUAAACUCUUUAAAGCGAAAACAGAGUUAAAAGAUAUUGAAGAAGAAGUAGAAAACUAUAUGCGUUCCAAGCAGAGAAUAAACGGGGUUUAUGGUUCAGCAGUAUUUAACAUUCUCGAUUCCGGUACUUACUUCGAUGAAGAAAGCAACUAUAAAUUCAUAAAAGGUGAAAAAUCAUGGGCUGACUUCAAAGAAUACACAGGAAACCCUAACCAAUACCUCUGGUAUUCUAUAGGUGUAUGGGUAACAUCUUAUGCUCGUAGACAAAUACUCACACCUAUCAAGAAAAUGUCUGAAAAUGCUAUCUAUUGCGACACAGACAGUGUUAAGCAUAAGUCACGUAAAUCCAAGAAGAAGUAUGACCGUCUUUGGUAUAAACUCAAUUGCCAGUGUCGUAGAGAGUUCAUAGAUGCUAUGAAUUAUCACAAAAUUCCUCCAGUUGACUGGACUUUUAUCGACAAGCACGGAGUAGAACACUUCAUGGGUAUCUUCGAGGACGAGAAACCAUACAAACGUUUCAAGUCACUUGGUUCAAAACGUUACCUUGUAGAAUACUAUGACGGCAAAAUGUCCUCAACAGUAGCAGGAGCACCAAAAACACUAUGGAAAGCUCUCGGAGAAACAAAUGAUGAACGUUUUGAAAACUUCACAAAUGGUUUUAAAAUGGAAAACUGUAAGCUCACUCACACAUACGUGGAAGAAGAAACAGAAAAGUUCAUUCCAGACUACCUAGGGAAUCUCGCAAUAGUAGAUAUGCGUUCAGGAGUAUGCCUUACAUCAGCAGACUUCUCAAUGAAUUUAUCAGACACAUUCUACGAGUUCCUGUUAGGGAAAGUAGACUUAGGAGAUGUAGACAUAUAUCGCUACUUCGGCGGUCAGAAAAAGUUUGAAAAAUAA